AUGUCUCUUCAGGUGGAAGCUCCGGAUGGGGUCUUGUCCGACCGGCCCCGGUUUUCGGCCCCUCCUCGCAGACGUCAACUCGAGGCUAAGGAUGUUUGGGAAGUAGGUAGCUCAUUUCUCUUGAACAGAUAUCUCAGGAACAAACCUAUGACAGGCCAAGCAAUGGUCAUUUGA